AUGGAUAGUUCUGACAUUCAAUUGAUUUUAAAUCAUCUCAAUUUAAGUGAAGAUUGUGUUGCUAACAUCUAUCACCAUGGUUCAUGGGUCUAUGGCACGAAUAAACCUAACUCCGAUCGAGAUAUUUUUAUUAUUGCCCGUUCAUGCAGUCAAAAUCCAUUACAAUUUUGGACGGAUUUCGAUUAUUUUCAUCAACAUGAAGUCUAUAAAUUAUUGAAUAAAUAUGAUAGUUGUAUCUAUUCAGUGGAAAAUUUCGAAAAGCUUCUAGAAAAUAAUUAUUUGAUGGCUGUUCAAUGCAUAUUCUUACCAGAUGAGUAUAAAAUCAAAGACAAUAUCGAUUUUCGACAAAUUUACUUAGACAAAUAUUAUGAUACAUUAAAAUUAAAACGAGCUGCAUUCUAUGAAAUGUACAGAGAUAUGAAGAAAUAUAGUCCUAUUAUUAAUUCAGAUGAUCCACUGCGUAGUUCAAUGUCAAAUGAACAACGUCAAUCGCGUAGAAAACAUGUCUUUAAAAAUUUAUUUCAUGGUAUUCGAUACUUAGAUUUUGUUGACCAAUUGAUACAAACAAAAUCGAUAUAUGAUUAUAAACGAGUAACAUAUAUAUUCAAUCAGAUGAAAGAAAUACUUGGUGAUCCAGGAGAUCAAUCAAGUAUGGAACGUGAUGAAUUUAAAUCCAGAUUAGAUGCACUUGUGCCAACAAAUAAUAUUAAAGGUAUUUUCGAAGCACAAAUUACAUUUGAUUGCACACAAAAUACUGAAAAAGUUAUUGAAAAACUUAAACAAUUAUGUGACAAUACAAAAUAUAAUCUCCUAUUAAUUCAAUUAGAUACAAAACAGGGAAAUAAAAAACUUCAACAAUUAAUGACAUCAUCUUUUCAUUGCGGUGAAUAUCAAUCCAUUGUUCAACAAAUCAAAGAAGAAGCACAUCAACAUUUCCAAGAAUUUAAUAUUGUACGUAUUAAAAUCAAAUCUUCAACCUCAAAUGAAGGUGUACCACAAACUGAUAUUGAUAUGAAAUUAUUCUGGAAUAAAAUUAGAAAUUACUUUGAAUUUAAUUAUCAUGUAUCAUUAGAAAGUGACCAUAAAGGAGAAAGUUUGAGAAAGUUUAUAAAUCAAUGCCAAACCAAUUAUAGACUUAAUUCACAAUUAUCACGUACUGUAAUUAAACAAAUCAACGAAAAAAACUUUCAUCAUAGAAUUACAAUGGAUCUAUUUCAUAUUGGUCGAAGAAGAGCAUUUGAAAUAAAUGAUGAGAUUGUAGAAUAUUCAACACAGAAUAAUUUUCCAUCACCAGAAAUUACAUCUAGCUUUACUAUCUAUGACUCAUUUUCUGAACUCGAUCAAAGCUGA